UUGUCAAACUUUAAAUCUCAUGUCUCCUUAUCCUCUUCUUUAGGCUUUAUUCAAUUUGUGCAUCGAAACGUUGCAGAUACCGCAACACGUCAGUUAGACUGCUGUCUUCGUGUUUUAUAUCACCUUCUCUGCAAUUGGCGCCUUGCUCUUCAAAAAGACAAUGCGGUUUCCCCACAAUUAGCCGAAAAGUCCGCGCUUUUUGAGGCAGAGGGCUUCGGUCUUGUGAUGCUAUGUCACUGCCGCGCCAGUACACGUCGGCUGGUCGUGCAUAUUCUGCGUGAAUGUCGUAGCGUACUCCAUCUCAUCUUGGUAGCCUCAUCUAUUGCAGUCGCUCCAAUCCCUUCUUCGACUUCUUCGUUUCCUCCCGUAGUUAACAAUACUUCAGCACCCUUUGCAUUCACUGGAAGUGCUUUGAGUGGUGUUGAAGCCAGUUGUAUCGAUGUAAUGGACAAGGCUGCACCGGCAAUUUGCAGACGCCUGAUCCCCCUCCUACCAUCUCAUGAAAGAAGGUCUACGUACCUGUAG